AUGAAUGCACUUCCGAUCGAGCUCUUGGAAAUGGUCGCAAGUUACUUUGAGGAUAUAGAUUUCUUUAAUAUUCGCUUGGUCAGCAGACAUCUUCAAGGACAGCUACUACCUUAUUUUAGCAGACGUCUAGAAACCCUUCAGGACAUCACCAACCAUCCAGUCUUUUGCCCAUCGCUGCAUCGGCUCGUAAUUACCCCAUAUCAUCUGUCAGAUCACCAUCUGGUCACGAUGCAGGUCUCAAAGGGCGUCACGAUAUCUGAAGAGAGAUAUCUGGAACUUUUGGCUGAACAGAAUUACCUCAAAAAAACUGGGUAUUAUGCUGCAUCUCUUGCGAAAGUCUUGUCCAAAUCAAGAAACUGCAAAACCAUAGCGAUUAACGAUGACUGGGACCACCAAACGUGGGGUUUGGGUUGGUUCAAAGAACAGACUGGUAUUUAUCCAUCCUCAAUUUUGGAAACCGAGGAGAGUUUGCAAUUUUUGACUGAAAUGAUUCCUAUUAUUUUCACGGCCGUGACCACUAGUCGUACUACCCUCCAACGGUUUAAUCUGGACGUGAGACGAGGAAAUUUUUUACCGAAGCCAAGCAUGUUGCAAAUCCCCGAGGCCUCUAUAACCAACAAAGCUUUUCUAUCCGCGUUACACACUCUGGGAUUAUUCUUGGAUACCCCGACUGAGGCGGACGUGGCAGCAUGGGCAACUGAUCUAGGGCGAUUCAUCAUGCACUUCGACCGCCUAGAAGAGCUUUCCUUGGAGUUUGACUACCGUAUGGAGGCACGGUAUCUGAAGGCGCUACAUGAAAACAUUCGUCUGGAGAAACUCUGUGCCCUUCGAAUCAGUGCGCUUGAGGGCGGGGAAGAGGAAUUGGAUCUCAUCCUCGUCUCAUAUAAGGCAACUCUCCGAGAAGUCAUCCUAGAUACCAUCAGCCUACCUAGUUUAGAAUCAUGGAGACGGCUUCUUAAGCGGAUACGAGAUCACCUCUCUUUAACAUACCUGGAGCUGUCGAAUUGCUCUGUAGAUGACGCCUAUGCUGUUAUUCUACAAGACACAACGCCGCCCGUCGACGAUAGCAGCGAUCAUACUAUUAUAGCCGAAGGGGAAGAGAUGAUGGGUCAUCUCAGCGAGAAUCUAAUUCUAAGGCCAUUAUAUGAGCAUAACUAGGGGCACGUCUUCAUAUUAGAAAUGCGGUGUUGGUUUCUCUUAUCAGCUAGGCUACAGUGCUGUAAUUUAGUCUUGUUUUGAUAUCUGAACGAUGAUCGAUGCUGAUUAUUG